UCGUUACUUCUGUAGUUCCUUUGGGUUUAUAAAAAGAUACCUAAAAUGGACGACAACAUUGUACAUUUAAAUGUUUGGGGAGGAGAUUGGGAUCUUCCAUCCGUUGAUCCAAACUGUCUUGCUGCGUUGGCAUACUGCAGGUUUUCUGGUGUACCUGUAAAAGUUCAUAAAAAUACUAAUCCAUGGAGGUCGCCGUCAGGUACAUUUCCAUGGCUCAAACAUAACAACAAUAAUGAGACAAAAGUUGCAAAUAUUUUCAGUUAUCUGAGAAAACAGAAUAUGGGAUCAGACUUCAACUUGUCAACAAAACAGAGUGCUGAUGUAGUAGCAUACAUGGCCAUGCUGGAGGAAAAACUUCUUCCUGGCUUGUUACACCUGUGGUGGCUAGAGAGUGAGACAUACACAAAUAUAACACGACCAUGGUAUACAAAAGCAACCAUGUUUCCUUUUAAACUGUGGCUGCCAGGUACAAUCUUUAGUAAAGCAGAAAAGAGGGUUUAUGUAGCACAGGGAACAGAAAACAUAUCAGAAGCUGAUAUUAAUUCAAAGAUUUAUAAUGAUGCUAAAGUUUGUUUAACUCAACUAUCAGCCAAACUAGGAGAUAAAGAAUACUUUUUUGGAAAUUUGCCAUCAUCAUUGGAUGCUCUUGUGUUUGGAUACCUGGCUCCGUUACUAAAUGCUCCCCUGACUAUGAACCAGUUGACCACUCAUCUACGUACGAAUUGUGAUAAUUUAUGUAUACUAUGCACCAGGAUAUUAAGAGAAUUUUUUCCCAUGACACCUCAAGAAGCUGAACAAAAAGAAGAGGAAAGAAAGAAGCAGACUGAGUCUAACAAUAAUGAGUUUCCAAACAGGAAGAGGAACAUGAUACUGGCUGGGGUAUUUGCUGCAACAACCAUGGUCACUUAUGCAUUUAUGAGUGGACUUAUACGCUUCGAAGUUAUAGAUGAUGAUGAUCCAUUAAGUUAAAUGAGGAAUAAAUUAAACAUUUAUUUGUGGACCCUUUGGGUGAAAUUGUGGAAAUAUAGGGAGUUAUUUUGAUAAGUUGUUAUACAUAUUUAAGGAUCAUCUUUCAACUAUACUAUUAUUUAUGAUUUUUCAACAGAUGAAAUAUGGAAUCAUUUAUGAUUCUUGUUUAAGCGUCAGUGUUUGGUACUAUCAAGUUAUCUCUGUCUAGAUAAAAUAAAAGUGAAAAAGAUAUAAAUAUUGUUAUAGUUACAAUAGCUUGUGUUAAUUUUUGUCAUCCUUGUUGUGAAUGUGUACAGAUGUAUACUUCAAACAUAACUUUUGUUUAAACCAGUUAAUUUACUGUGAAAACUUAUUACUUUUAUCGGCUAAAAUAUUCAGCCUGCAGAAUAUGAUCACUGCAUGAAUGUACAUUAGAUCCCAGCCUGUGUCAGAAAUAUAUAUGGGAUUUACCAUAGAAAAUUGAAAUACUGUAUUGAAUGGAACCAUGAAUGUCUAUCUCCAUUAUAUUGAUUUGAGAUUAUUUUCCAUCAACAUUUUGUAUGCAAUAUUACAUUACCAAAGAUAAUACUUUAACCUUUGAAUGCUAUUAGUGAUAAAAGAUGCUUUUCACAUAGCAGUUAUUACCUCCCCUGGCCACCAAUUUGGGGGUCAUACCCUUAAGUUUUAAAGAUAAGGUAAAAAAUCUGUCAUAAUUCUAUGACUUUCAUGAAAACUGAUAUAAAUAUUUUACAUACCGGUGCUAUGAUAAUAUUUUGCUGCAUAUGUAUAAAAUAAUUCGACAAUUAAUGUAAAAUGGCUGUUUAUAUUGAUUUUUUCAUAGUUUGUCAAUUACAUGUAUAUAGAAUAUUAAUAUUGGACCCCCCAUACAAAUGGGUGCCACUUUUGGCGAGGGAGGUAAAUAUUGUAAAAAUGGGGAACUAUCUAUAGAUCUGAGGUAAUUAGGCUAGACUGUUGGGAAAUGCUUUCUAACUGUAGGAUAUGUUGAUAGUGAAAUCACAGAAAAUAUGAAUGCACACUUCCAGACUACAUGUUUAUACAUGACAAAGUAUUAAGACAUUUAGUAAGGCAUGGAUAAAUGUUACAGGUUGUUAAUAAAAAAACUUUUAACAUUUUUAUAAAAAUAUCUUUCUGAAGCUUUUUACAAACUAAAUGUAAAAAAGUCUUUUAAAAUGUACAUCUUUAUAUCUUGAUAAAUUUUGUGUGGAAAAUAAAAAAGCAAUUAAAAUGUAAAUAUUUGCUAAAUGGCUUCAUUAUUUAGCUCAUAUUGCUUUGUUGUAUUAAAUGCUUUUACCUUUAUUUAAAGUUAUUAUCUUGAUGAGAGAAUGUAUGUAGUUCUACUCCAGUACCAGCUGGUGCCUAAAACAAUUUGUGGGGUAGCAAAUGAGGUCUUCCUUCACCUGUGAAGCAGAAGCAUUUCCAUGCCACAAAACUCAAUUUUAAAGUCAGUUUUAUUGCAUUUGUUAUCAUUUACAUAUUUUCAAAUUGUUAUUUUCAGAUAUUUUCUAUAUGAACUUGUAUGAUAAAAAUAAGAUUUUUCAGACCUUUCAGAGGCUUUAUGCGACCAAAAUAUACAGGUCUAGUCUGCAUGAACAUGUCAUAUUCUUUUCUGCUUAUUAGAAUAAUCUGGAUUUUGAUAUUGUCUAAAAAUCUAUGUUUUCAAUUGCUUUGAAGAGAUGUAUUUUAUGAGUUUUUUACUGUAUUUGUUGUAAAACAUUGGGAACAUUCUGGCACAUGUAUUUUAGUGAUAGUAAGAUUAUUUUUUCUGUCAUCAAAUGACUUUAAAACUGGUUUUCUGUUGUUUUUUUUUAUUGGAUACAUGUAUAUGAACAAUAAAUUGAUUGAUAAUUUGACAUAA